CUUCCUGAACUGAAACAGCUUCCACGUGCUUUGUUUUAACAGUGAACAGAAACUAAAAAGCUUUUAAAACCUCAGUUAUCAUAAAUCAGAGAUAAACCAACAUGUCAUGUUUUUGAUUCCGUGGUUGCACCACACCGGGUCACCUCCUGGCUGUUACCCUCCUGCAGGGCAGCGGGCCAGUCUGCGUGUUCCUCCCACUAUUUUUCCACUGAGCGACAAGGCUGCACAUUGUGCUCAGACCGGCCAACCAGACAAGGUUACGCAGACGAACGGGAGGCAGUCCUCUUCACACAGCUGCACCUCAUCACCCUCUCUACAGCUCAGUCUUUGAAGGAACGCUGGCGGGACGUUUGGGAGUCUUUUAGGUGACAAAUGGAGACCUUCAAUCAUAAACUUAACACUUAUUUAGAGACAUGGAUGGGCCCAAGAGAUCAGCGGGUGAGGGGAUGGCUGCUGCUAGACAACUACCCACCUACCUUUGCACUCACAGUCAUGUACCUUCUGAUGGUGUGGAUGGGGCCCAGGUACAUGAAAAACAAACAGCCGUAUUCCUGCAGAGGCCUCCUGGUGCUCCACAAUCUGGGCCUCACGGUCCUGUCUUUCUACAUGGUCUAUGAGCUUGUUGCUGCUGUGUGGCCCGGAGACUACAACUUCUACUGCCAGAACACUCACAGUGCACAGGAAGUGGAUAACAAGGUCAUAAAUGUACUCUGGUGGUACUACUUUUCCAAGCUCAUCGAGUUCAUGGACACUUUAUUCUUCAUACUACGCAAAAAUAAUCACCAGAUCUCAUUUCUUCAUAUCUACCAUCACGCCAGCAUGCUGAAUAUCUGGUGGUUCGUUAUGAACUGGGUUCCCUGCGGCCACACGUACUUCGGUGCCUGCUUAAACAGCUUCGUCCAUGUUGUGAUGUACUCUUACUACGGCCUCUCAGCCAUCCCAGCCAUGCGGCCAUACCUCUGGUGGAAGAAGUACAUCACACAGUUGCAGCUGACCCAGUUCUUCUUAACCAUGUCUCAGACGUUGUGUGCAUUCGUAUGGCCUUGUGAAUUCCCUAAGGGAUGGCUGUACUUCCAAAUAGGCUACGUUGUCACACUCAUUUUCUUUUUCGCAAACUUCUACCUACAGACGUACAAGAAGCAAAGUCUUUCUCUAAAGAAGGAGCACCAGAACGGCUCUCUUGCAUCAACAAACGGACAUGUGAACGGGACGGCGUCUUCAGACCACGGCGCGCACAAGAAACUGAGGAUGGAUUGACAUUUGAGGAAACCGUCACCCAGCUCUCACUGUAGCGUGUUAGCUAAUGCUGCUAAGGGGUAUAUGUAUCUCCUAUUGCAGAAUAGUCUCAUGCACUCGCUUGAGAAGAAAUAAGCCAUAGCCACAUGCAUCCAGAGACUUUCCAUGUUUUUGCACACGUUCCUACUCAUGGUAUUGAAUGGUUUAAUUAAUACAGUUAACAGAGAGGAGUAUUGUAGUAUGGUUGAAACUGCACAAUAACGCCUCCCCGCCAACCUCUCGAGGAAAUGCCCUCCAAAGCAAAAAAAAAAAAGUCUUUUGUGCCACCAGCAAACAAACACACAUUUGGACUCAUAAAACAACGCUUUUUACAGGGGGUCCAAAGAUGAAAGCUCUUGUGUGUGUCGGCAGCUGAAGGUUUCAUCAUCCUUAACAACUUAAGGGACAAAUAAAAGAGCUGAGUGCUUACUGUGGUCCUUAAUGUGUAACUAGAGCAUGCAUCUUGGGCCUGCUUGACCUUCCUCCUGCCUGUAGUGUUGCGUUAUAUAAAUCCUACCCUGUGUUACUGUAAUGUGUAUUUAUUGACAGGUUGUAACAGCAGAAGUUGGAUUUGCUGUGUGUUUGCAGAGCAGGGUCUCCAGUUUGGAAUAUGUAGCCAUCCAGCCAAAGCAUAACCAAAGCUGAAAGUACUUUGUAUACAUUCAAAAUCAGGUUAAGACACAAUGUGAAAGGGAGGGUGUGUAUUAUGAGCACAGUAUGAACUCAUUCCCUCUAACAUCCCUCAUCGUUAGAAAACUAGCCCCUCUUUAUAGUCUUGUCAUCGUCCUAAACUUCUAGAAUUUACUCAGUCAGCAUUUAAGUAUUUACGAUCUAAACUUUGUCAAAUUAUGCAUAGCUAGUAUUUAUUUAUUUUGAGGUCUUUGCAUAAACAGGGUGCCUUCUGGACCAGUUUGUUUCUACCAUUUCCAUUGUGACAAUAUGCAAGUUCAUGUUAGUCCAUAUCAGACUAAUGUGUAUCAAAUACCCUGUUGAAAUCUUGUGCCUGCUUUUAAGUUUCUGCUUUUGAAACAUCAAAUGUCCUGAACCAUAAUGGGAACAACUGUAUCCUAGCUUACGGGACAGAAACGUCAUGUUAAACUUAAAGGAAUAGUUUUGAAAUGAGUAAGACAAGAGGACUGAAAAGACUUCAUGCUGAAUUUAAAGCUGCAGCAAACUAGUUUAGCAAAACUCAAGCCAAACUAAAAGCAGGGGCAAGCUAGCUUGCCUCUGUUCACGUUUUUAUAUAAGUAUCCAAGAGAAACCUCGAGAGCCCGAUUGAGAUCAUGUUGAUUUGAUCAUGGCUAGCUGUUUCCUCUUAGUCUUAUGCUGAGAUAGCUAGCUGGUUACAGCCCCUUUACAGUUAGCAUGCUUAUAUAAAGUUGGUAUCAGUCUUGUCAUGUAACAAUCAUACAGAAAGUAGAAAAGCAUAUUUUAAAGCACAUUAAAGUUUCCUAAAACAGAAACGACUCCUCUUACUAUGUCAACGCAAAAAAAAGAAGUUGUAACUGCUAUUGUUUUUUUGGUAGAGAGAGAGAGAAGGUCGUAUUGGACUAGUUCUUCCUUCUUGUUCCUCAUUUUCUCUCCAACAGUCAGGGGCUAACAGUACAUGCUGGUAUAGAAAACCUCAACAAUGUUUGGAUUAUAAGCUCUCACGGUGCUGCACUGCAGUGCUGCACUCCCAUGCUAAUUCAGUUUAAUGAGAGACUAUGUGGCCUUGUCCACUGAAUGAGCACAACAUGUAGCAGAAAUGUAAAGGUGACCUACAUUCACAUGCUCUGCAUUAGAACAUAUUGUUAAAAUCUGAAUAAUACAUGCAAAGGUCACAUUUUCUCUGCAUGAUGAAUUUGGUCCUCCAGAAUAUCUGCUGAUAACACACAUGCAUGAAGCAUAUCUACUCAGAUAUUGGAUUGUGACUGUUUUUCCAUUUGUAUCCAGUUACAUAGAGUCCUAUUACAGUCCCCUAUGUGUACAAAGUGCUACAGGAAGCUGUGUUUAUAUAUUUAUGGGCAGGACAGGCAUUAUAUAACAUCUUAUUCAGUGGAAGGCCAAGGUAGAAUACGUGUUUAUAAACUGUUAUAAUAGAUAUAUUUUCAGAAAUCUUGGUAAAUCUGGGUUGACAUGAUGUGACUCAUGCUUUACUCGCUGUAACACAUUAAAUACAAACUGAGAAUGUAAAGCUACUUGUUUACAAAAUCUUGUUUUUCUUCCAUAAAAAUGAUGAAGGCUG